CCUGCGGAGCGAGCGCAGCGGGUGCGGAUGGACCCCGCGCCCGGCGGCCCAGGCGGCCCCGAGAGCAGCGUCCGAGCUUGGCUUAGCCCCUCGCCUAGCGGCCGGCCCAGACACCUGUUUAAUUUCUAAAGGCGCCGCCUUGGGUGUGUGAGGAGCCAUGACGCAGGGCAUCGCCCGGGUGGGGGGCAGCAGUGGUCAGGUCGCGCUUGUGUUUACGUGAGUCUUGGCGUCUCAGAUGUGUGUGGCGCUGCCGCGUCGAGGUUCCUUUAAUCCGCGGAGGUGUCUCAGGCACCUGUGUGAGGGCUGUGCAUUUAAAGGGGCUGCUGUCUGCAGACAUGCUCCCUGAAGCCAGUUCCCUGUGGCUGCUUCGGCUGCUCCGGGAUAUGCAGCUGGCGCAGUUCUACCGGCCCAUCCUGGAGGAACUCAAUGUCACUCGGCCGGAACACUUCGACUUUGUGAGGCCGGAGGACCUGGACAGCAUUGGCAUGGGCCGGCCUGCCCAGCGCAGACUUGCCGAAGCCCUGAAGCGGCACCGUUCGGGGAUCAAGGCCAAGAACUGGGUCUACAAGAUCCUCGGGGGUCUCGCUCCUGAACAGAAGGAGAGCCCUCCAUGCCCAGACAGUUCCCCAUGCCUCCACGAGCCAGAGGGGGGGCUCAAGUGUCUGAUUCCGGAGGGUGCUGUGUGCAGAGGGGAGCUGCUGGGCUCGGGCUGCUUCGGGGUCGUGCAUCGAGGGCUGUGGACGCUGCCCAGUGGGCAAAGUAUCCCAGUGGCUGUCAAGUCUCUCCGCGUGGGCCCCGAGGGGCCGGUGGGCACGGAGCUGGGGGACUUCCUGAGGGAGGUGUCUGUCAUGAUGAAGCUGGAUCACCCACACGUGCUGCGGCUGCACGGCCUGGUGCUGGGCCAGCCCCUGCAGAUGGUGAUGGAGCUGGCGCCGCUGGGCUCCCUGCACGCGCGCCUGACUGCCCCCGCACCGACGCCCCCGCUGCCCGUGUCCCUGCUGUGCCUGUUCCUGCGCCAGUUGGCAGGAGCCAUGGCGUACUUGGGGUCCCGAGGGCUGGUGCACCGGGACCUCGCCACCCGCAACCUGCUGCUGGCCUCACCUCGCACCAUCAAAGUGGCGGACUUCGGGCUGGUGCGGCCGCUGGGCGGUGCCCGGGGUCGCUACGUCAUGGGUGGGCCGCGUCCCAUCCCCUAUGCCUGGUGCGCCCCAGAGAGCCUGCGUCAGGGAGCCUUCUCCUCCGCCUCUGACGUGUGGAUGUUUGGCGUGACGCUGUGGGAAAUGUUUUCUGGAGGCGAGGAACCCUGGGCGGGUGUCCCACCAUAUCUCAUCCUCCAUCGGCUGGAGAAGGACCGAGCCAGGCUGCCAAGGCCUCCUCUCUGUUCCAGGGCCCUCUACUCCCUCGCCUUGCGCUGCUGGGCCCCUCACCCUGCAGACCGGCCUAGCUUUUCCAGCCUGGAAGGGCUGCUUCAGGAGGCGAGGGUUUCUGAGGGACGUUGUGUGAGGGAGGUCACAGAGCCAGGGGCUCUGCGGAUGGAGCCCGGUGACCCCAUCACUAUCAUUGAUGGCAGCCCGGACGCUGCAACCUGGAGGGGCCAGAACGGUCGCACGUUCAAAGCGGGCAGCUUUCCGGCUUCAGCAGUGGCACUGGCAGACUCGGGCUCAGCGCUCACCCACCCAGCCCACAGAGGUUCCCCCGCCCGCAGAGAGAGGUGCCGAGGAAGCCCAGAUGGGGACAGGGAGAAGUCAAAGUUUCAGGAGCUGCCCCCGGCACAGAGAAGGAAGGAGCCUCUGCAGAGGAUGAGGGGCAUUUCCAAGAGUUUGGAGUCAGUUCUCUCUCUGGGGCCCCGACCCACAGGAGGCGGUUCAAGCCCUCCCGAACUUCGGCAUACGAGAGCCUCCCAGGGGCCUCCACGCCCACCAGACCUGCCCCCUCGCCCACUUUUCGUCUCCAGCUCUUCUCAGCCCACCCAGCCCCACAAAGUACCGCCUCCCUGGCCCAGAGAACCCUCACACAACCACCGCACUGGAGUUCCCAGGGCCAGCAAAGCCACUGUCCCCUCUGGAGGCCCCUGGUCAGCAGACCCUGAGUGGCAGGGGAAGAUUAAGGAGGUAGAGCUGAGCGUCCACGGGGUCACCUACCAGGAGUGCCAGGUGGCGCUCAGAGCCGCUGGGGGGGAUGUGGCCUCUGCCGUCCGGAGCCUCAAGGUGGAGCAGCUCUUCCACCUCAGCGACCUGUCCAGAGCGGACUGUCUGCGCAUCCUGCAGCGUCACCAGUGGGACCUGUCAGCAGCCAGCCGCUACGUCCUGGCCCGGCCCUGAGCUCUGCAUCCUGGGGAGCGAUGCCAGCGUGGAGCACCCGGUCCACGUCGGCCAGGCCUCAGCGUCCACACAGAACUGUGAGGUCUUGUCAGAGGCAGACUUGCACACCUAGGGAGACUGUACCUGCUGUGAGGAGGUGCAGGGAGUGUGUCGGGCUUCUGGGCCAGGCACCACUUCCUGCGAGCCCUGCUCCUUGGCCUCUGAGGCCUUAAGGACCUUUGACUGGACCGAGAAGGAUGGAGUCUGCUCAGCCUCAUGCAUUCCCAAUAGGACUUGAGCGGGAGAAGCUGUGGAGGGCCCCCACUCACCACAGACGGCAGCCAAGGAGCCGCACUGGACCGCAGGCAGCCCUCAGACCCGACGUCAGCUACCUCACUGGGCUCUGCGGGACGCCCUCCUAGAUACCGACCCAGGGGCCACGGCCCCGAUGGCUGUGGUUUGGUCCAGAGUCAGCGUGGAUGCUGAAAACUGACUUUCUGACUCAAGGACCCCCUGCCCCUUAAUCCAAGUAAAACAGAUGAUUGUCUUAUUGGGACUGUA